AUUUUUAUCUGUCACCGCCAAACCAACACGUGCGUGCAUUUCUUGUAGUUUUUUCUCCGUGAAAAAUAUUGUUUAUUUCCUUUUAAUUCGACAAAAUAAAUUAAUUUUCUUAACAAAAUGUCUCUUCGUGAAAAGCUUUUAAUGAAGAAAAUAAAAAAACGUGAAAAAAUGAAGAAAGAACUUGCUGUUAAAAAAGGAAAACUACAAAAUGUUGAAGAACAAAAUGGAGCUGAAGAUGAUUUUGCUGAAACUCCACAAAUCAAAAAAGUUCCAAAAAAGAAAAAGAAGCAAAUAGCUCAAGAAGUUCAGGAGGAAAAUGACUCCUCAGAAGAUGAACAACCUCCAAUGAAGAAUGGCAAACACCCAGCCAAUUCAGAACCCACAAAAAAGAAGAAAAAACUUGAAAAACCCGCUGUUUCUGAAGAAGAACCCGAAUCUUCAGAAGAAGACACUCAAAAUGGCGAACAAAAUGUUAGCACUCGUGACCCCAACGACAUGACAUUCGCUUCUCUGAAAGGUCUUGUAUCUGAAGAAUCUUUAAAAGGAAUUGCCGAAAUGGGUUUCACAACUAUGACGGAAAUUCAAGCCAAAUCCAUUCCACCAUUGUUGGAAGGACGAGAUUUGGUGGGUGCCGCUAAAACAGGCUCCGGCAAGACACUGGCUUUCCUUAUUCCAGCUGUGGAACUGAUUUAUAAGUUAAGAUUCAUGCCAAGAAAUGGCACAGGUGUAAUAAUUAUCUCACCAACUCGAGAAUUGUCCAUGCAAACGUUUGGCGUCCUCAAAGAACUGAUGGCACAUCAUCAUCACACUUAUGGAUUGGUGAUGGGUGGUUCUAAUCGGGCGGUGGAGAGUGAAAAGUUGGGAAAAGGUAUCAACAUUCUUGUGGCAACUCCUGGUCGACUACUCGAUCAUUUGCAGAAUUCUCCUGAUUUCCUUUACAAGAACCUGCAGUGUUUGAUAAUUGAUGAAGUCGAUCGAAUUUUGGAAAUUGGUUUCGAGGAGGAACUUAGGCAAAUUGUAAAUUUGCUUCCAAAACGUCGCCAAACAAUGUUAUUCUCUGCCACACAAACUGACAAAAUUGACGCACUUUCAAAAUUAGCCUUGAAGAAGGAACCAAUUUAUGUUGGUGUGGAUGAUCAUGAGGAAACUGCCACUGUGAGUGGUCUUGAACAAGGUUACAUUGUGUGUCCAUCUGAGAAGCGUUUAUUGGUUCUCUUUACGUUCCUAAAAAAGAAUCGCAAGAAGAAGGUUAUGGUAUUCUUUUCGUCUUGUAUGUCAGUAAAAUAUCACCAUGAAUUGUUUAAUUAUAUUGAUCUUCCUGUUACAUCGAUUCAUGGAAAACAAAAACAAACCAAGCGAACAACUACUUUCUUCCAAUUCUGCAAUGCUGAAACUGGUAUUCUUUUGUGCACAGAUGUAGCUGCUCGUGGAUUGGAUAUUCCUGCUGUUGAUUGGAUUGUUCAGUACGAUCCACCAGAUGAUCCAAAAGAAUAUAUUCAUCGUGUUGGACGUACAGCUCGUGGAGAGGGAAGCUCUGGACAUGCAUUGCUUAUUUUGAGACCCGAAGAAUUGGGAUUCUUGAGAUAUUUGAAAAUGGCCAAAGUGCCAUUGAAUGAAUUUGAGUUUUCAUGGAAUAAAAUUGCUGAUAUACAAUUGCAGUUGGAAAAACUAAUUUCAAAGAAUUACUUCCUCAAUCAAUCGGCAAAGGAGGCAUUCAAGGGAUACGUGCGGGCUUAUGAUUCACAUCAAUUGAAGACAAUCUUCGAUGUAAACACUCUCGAUUUGCAAACAGUGGCGAAAAGUUUUGGUUUCCUAGUACCGCCAGUUGUUGAUUUGAAGAUUGGCUUUAGAAGAAAACGUCCCGAGAAACGUGUUGGCGGUGGUGGUUAUGGCUAUUACAGAGAAUUGAACGAGGAAAAAUCCAGUCAGAAGGUCUACAAGCAAGUGACACGCGAUCAGUUGAAAAAGAAAAAGUUUACCAGAUGAAAAUGUUGCAUCAAAUAAUGUUUUAUUUGUAAAGAUUUUUUUUUAAAUGAAGGAUAGUUAAGAGUUAAUGAAAAAAAUUUUAUUUUGUUUAUUUUCUUGAUAAAGAAUAAAACGUAUACAAUAGAAAAUUGUAA